AUUAGGUUAUAAACGUGUGGUUCAAACAAGAUUGAAGCCGUUUAUUUUUAUUUUUCUAUUUUUUUCAGUGUUUUAAAAAAUUUAAUCAGUAAAAUUAGCUGCCGGUCUUUAAGUUAAUUAACAUUUGAAAGAUAAACAAUUCAAUUUUAAGUAACAAAUUAAAUAAUGGACUAUCAAAGUAGACUAAAGAAAUUUGCUGUUGACCUUUUUAAAAUUGAUGGUAUCAAAUUUGGCGAAUAUAAAACGAAAGUGGGAUUGAUGACACCUGUUUAUUGCGAUUUAAGGGUUCUUAUCAGCUAUCCUAAGCUUUUGGAUUUUUUAGCCAACUUAAUAGCAGAUAAUUUACCAAAUCUAAAGUCUCAUGACUCUUUGUGUGGUGUGCCUUACACAGCCUUACCUAUUGCCACUGUGGUUUCAGUGAAAACUGGAAUUCCAAUGGUUAUGAGACGUCAAGAGAAAAAAUAUCAUGGAACUAAAAAGCUUAUAGAAGGCCACUUUAAUACUGGUGACAAGUGUCUUAUUGUUGAAGACGUUGUUACAUCUGGAAGCAGUAUUUUAGAAACUGUCAAGGACUUGAGAGAGGCAGGAUUAGAAUGUUCAGAGACAAUUGUUUUGUUAAAUCGAGAACAAGGUGGUGAAAAUCUUUUGAAAAAAUCUGGAAUAAAAAUGCAUGCACUGUUAACACUGACUACAUUAAUAAGCUUUUUGAAGGAAGAGGGAUGUGUUGAUGAUGUAACAGUAACAAAGGUACAAGAGUAUAUAAAAAGCAAUCAAGUUGAAGAUAAAGAAAUCCAAAGUAGGCUGAAACUGCAGUAUACUGACCGAAUUCCAUUCACAAAAAACCCAGUGGCUAAACGGCUUUUAAAAAUAAUCUCUGAAAAACAGUCCAAUUUGUGUUUAGCAGCUGAUGUUCUGACUGGAACAGAGCUUCUGAACUUGGCUGAAGAAGUUGGGCCAUAUAUUUGCAUUCUAAAAACGCAUAUUGAUAUUAUAGAGGACUUCAAUGAAAAUUUGACAAAACAUCUAAAAGAUAUAUCUCAAAGACAUAACUUUUUGUUGCUUGAAGAUCGAAAAUUUGCAGAUAUAGGGAAAGUUGUACAAUUGCAAUACACAAAAGGGGUUUUUAAGAUAUCAUCAUGGGCCAAAUUAAUAACACAACAUGCAAUAAUAGGACCGGGGGCUCUCCAAGCUGUAAAACAGAACUCGGAAGACUUGGGAGUGUUUUUAUUGACAGAAAUCAGUACCAAAGAUAAUUUAAUUAGCAGUUCGUAUACCAAGGCUGCAUUGGAAAUGGCAGAAGGAUUUUCACAUUUGAUAACUGGUAUCGUAUGUCAAAGUCCUUUGUUUCUGGAUAAACCAGGAUUCCUCCAGCUUACCCCUGGAGUGAAAUUGAAUUCCAUAGGAGACAGUUUGGGACAGCAAUACAGUUCUCCUGAAAAUGUGAUUCUAGAAAGGGGGGCUGACAUAGCUGUGGUGGGGAGAGGUAUCACCGAGGCAACAGAUAGGGCUCAAGCCGCAGAAAAGUACAGGAAUUUGUUGUGGGAGGCUUACCAGAAAAGAGUAGAAAUGUAAUUAUUAAUAAACUGUAUAGAAAAAACAGAUGGGAAAUAUCAUGGGAUAAACAUUCCAAUGAAUGUGAUAUUUAAGUUGUUUAUAUUUUUCAGAAAAUUUGUAUUACAUUUUAUAGAAUUUCCAUGAUGUUUGUAGUAAACUUAUUAACUGUUAGCUGUUAAGGAUGGAAAUAAUAUACUGUAGACAUUCUAAGUCGAAAUAGUAUUAAUAAAUAGAUUUUAUUAAUUGUA